AUGACUGACAAAACGUGUACUCGGGCAGAAUUGUCUGUCCAUUGCGACAAAAACUGCUUGGUUGCGGCUGAGGACAGGAUAUGGUACUACUUCCUUGCAACCAGUGCGGCAAUAUUUUUUGGCGGAUUGGUGAGCAUCUUAAUUUCAAGGAUAAUAAGAAGAAUUUGUGACUCAAAACGAAGUAAACUAAACCCGACUAAAAAGGAUGGAAACAAGAAAAUUAACGGAUUGUCAAGGCCAGAUGUUUCAAAAAGGGGAAUUUAUGUUUGGCUUAAGGAACAAGCGGCAACUCUGAUAACUGCCCAGACUUUUAAAGGCCGGUGUUUGGUAAGUACUGUAAUGAAAAUAACGCAUGAUCGAGAGGAGGCUUUCAGCUGUUUUGUUAAUUAACCGGAAGAACUAUAGUUUAUACUUUCGAGAAUGGGUCUGUGCUGGUAAAACUAAAACGCUAUAAAUGUGCCUAACGGUGUGCGCGUUUUUUCUUUUGUUCGCGUUGAAAUUGACAACUGAGGGUGAAGUUUGCACCGAGUUCAAACACUUCAGUCAGUUGAUACAUACACCCGUCAAGGUAUCUUUCGUUCCUCUGCAUCAUAAUUAUUAGUGGUGCAACGUUGUCAAUCAUUACAGCUGCCAUUUUGUGUGUAGGAGUUGUUCCUCCAGGAACUCGUGUUCUACAUCUUCAACAGCCACUGACAAUUUGCAAUGGGGCGUAGCAUUCAACGUUCAAUGGAAAAUAAACAUGGUCAGAUUGUAAAUAAGUCGUGCGCGUCUGUUUCCGUUUUUCUAAUUUAAGUGAUGCACCUUUUAUGUCGGAAAAUGUCUGAAAUGUAAAUUAGCUUUGCCAUAAAUCUUUUUGUGCUUCUGUUAUAAAUCGCGUGACAAUAACUAAGGCAGUUUUAAGAUACUGAAAUAACCGAGUUCGCGCGUGUUUCAACAAUCUCACAUGCUACACAAUUACAGGAUAUAAACAAACGUGUUUCCGAGAUAACCUAUGAACCUGAAGACACACUCGACUGGACAAGUUUUUUUUUUUCCUUCAACAAGACCUAAACUCUGUCGUAUCGGAGUGGUGUCUGAUGAAUUUAAUAAUUACAAGUAACCCGAUAUCAAAUCGAUCUCAAGGAAUAUAUCGACGUUUGUCUGUUCCACAUAUACCCCCUGGUAAUUUGGAGGGGAAAUUUAUUUUUUUUUUAGCAUUUUGUUAGUAUGAAUUUCUCCCUUUUACGUGAUGGAUAUUCCUUAAUAUUUGUUGAUCAAUAAUGAUUACUAUCUUCUGAUUCAUUUGUGAAGAUCAUAAAUGCAAUGCAAACUAAUAUUAUUACUGUUGCAUAACUUUGGUAUACAUUAAUAAUAGAACAAAUGUGAUCUACAUUUUUCAUUCACCCUUUACAAAUGUUCCAAAAAGUUUCCAAGGCAACCAGCGAACAAAUUGAAUAAGACUCCUCUUCCUUUUGUUGCCAUAGAAAUGUAAGUGAUAUUGCGUGAAAACAUCCAUCCACCACAGGUGUUCAAUGUUUUCCCACAAGUUUUACAGACUUAGAAGCGGGUUAAAAACAAAAUUUUCAUUAUUAAUUGCUAUGUUGAAUAAACCAAAAGUGAAUUACUUUAUUUUUAGUUGCUAUAAUGGAGAGGGAAAAAAAUGGAAGGUCAGCUAUUCUGGUCAUGUUUGGAUGCAGUGCAGAUUAGAUAACCCUGAUAUAACAAAGUGCUGCCUAGGGCUAGAAAAAAAUUUGUUAUGAUAGGAUUGUGUUAUUUUUGGGUCUUGUUCUGUACCUUCUACUAUAAUGUUGAAGGCAAAGAACGUCAUUCCUGGUUUCACUGUACUAAAAAAUUAAUUUAAAAAAUUGAACAUUUACUUAUAGCAGGGUUAAUCAUAGCUGUAGAAGUACAGUAGAUUUGAUCAGGAUGCAAAGAAAGUCAGUUUUACAGCUUGCCAUUCGAGCGAACUGUAGCUAGCAUGUCCUAGCCCUCAAGUCAUUUCAACUAGCCCAAAACCCUUUUUGAUUAGCAGGAUUGAUUACAAUCCUUCUGUAACUUGAAUUUCCCCAAAAAACAGCACUUGCCUGUCGGGCAAGUUAAGAACAAAAAUCACUAGCCUGAUAGCAAAAUCCACUAGCCCCAGGCUAUUGGACACGAUUUUCUUUGCACGCUGAUUUGAUGCACUUGUCAAAAUUAAUAUUAUCAAGACCCUUGUAGGGCAUUUUUUAAUAAAACAGAUUCACAACUGGUUACAUACCACUCACUAGGUCGGAAUGUUUUAGACUUAGAAAAUAAUGCAAUGACACACAAUAUACAAAAUUAUCUUUCUUUCAAAGCCAGAAACUAUGUUCAAGAUAGUGAUAAGAAGAAUAUUUCUGGGGAUAACAGUGGGUCAAUGUUCUUAUUAUUCAGAUUUAUCAACAGCAACAACAAUGACGUUUAUUCACAGGGUUAAAUAAAAAAGGAAAAAUAAUAUAAAAACGAAAUAGAUUAAUAAAUAAUAAAAGGGGUAACUCCUUCUAAAAAAGAAAUUUAUAAUAGAUUAAAGUAGGGUAGAAUGCGUGAGGAUUAAUAGACUUUUUAGUACAUCUCAGAACACAGAAACAAGAGAUAAAUUAACAAUGUUGCCUGUCCACAGUCCAUUUGUUUCUAUAAAAUGAAGCAUUCAUAAAACUAUAUAGUGGGAUGCUGGUCAAAACAUUUUUUAAUACACUCGUCCCCAUUUUUAAUUUGUGGGUAUAGCUUGCAUUAAAUGCGCGUUUUUAAAUUUUAUUCUUACCGCUAAGAGGUUACACUGUACAAACACCAGUUUGAUUGUGUACAGUGUGGUCCUUCCAUGCAAUCACCAGAGCACAAAGAAACUGAAUCUUAAUGUCCUAACCCCGAAUGCAAGGUCAUCCUCAGAAGACUGGUGAUCAGGAUUUUGAAACUGGUCGAAUCAACUUCCAUUUAGGAUUGUUAUACACUGUGCCUUGAUUCACUCAGUUUCUUUACAAUAUAUUAAAAUGACCAAACUUCAGAGUCUCUCGGUAUCCAUUGGAGAAUUCUCUGUACACGACAUCCCUAACUUCGAGACACCAUUGGUUAGAGGCUUUGUUCCCUACUUGGACUCUGUUACAUCUAAACGUUUGAAAGAUUUCGUAAUGUGCUUGGAAUACGAGAACGAGCUUGCCUUAUCUGGCGCCAUUUUGAAUUUUCCGCGCACCUUGCUUUACUCGUGUGAUCCAUUGUUCCGGCUUUGUUCCGUCGUUUUGAUUGGUUUAUUUUCCUGUGCGCCUGCGUGACCUGGCGCGCCAAGUAGCCCGUGACCUCAAAUUUUGUCUUCUUCUUCGUUUUUCUUGUUUUUGGAACAUGUAUCAGCUGAUGGAUCGACGUUUCCCUGGUGGCCUUUGUCAUCUUGUUUACUGUGUUGAUUUAAAUGAUAGUUCCUCUUUAGUUAGGAUCACUCACAACCGUAUGAAACACUUUCUCACUUGGACUCAUCAGGCAGUUUCAUGCAAUGGUCGCAUUCAGAUUAAGAUGAACAAGUAUACGCAUGCAAGUAUGUUUAUGGUUUAUACCGCGGUUUGCUUCAACACUAGCCCUUGAAAACCAUGGCUAAUGUUAUGGUUAUAACGUUUCCCGUGGAUGAAAAAAGUUGUAUGAUGACAGGACAUAGACCUUCUAUUAAGUAAUAAAGUAAGUAAGUAAGGACACAGGGGGACAGGGGACGUGCUAUUAUUUUCAAAAGAGCUUAAAAUGACGAUUCCCCUCCUCUUUUUUGAUCCUUAUAUGCAUGCAAAGCGUGGUAUUAAAGAUUUCCGUACAACCCCAUAGUAGUAGUUUAACGUCUUCUACAGAAGCAAACUGUAAUUCUAAUGAUACAGGUAUAAGGUAUGAUAACUGGAUUGCAGUGUAUCAUGGUGUAUGUGUUGUUGCUGCAAGCCCUCAGGCAAGCAGCACAAUAAUGUUUAGGCUCUUGUAGUUCCUUGGACAUCCUAUUGCUAUUUAGGCGCUACAGCUAGUCUGGAUUUAUGCUAGUCAUGCUGAUUUUUAGCAAGAAAUUUAUGUCUAGUGGUGUCAUCAUAACUUAAUUUCAAAUCAUUUAAAUUAUUUUCAUAUGACUGUAAACUGGCUAAUAAAGACCAAAAUCACAAAGAACUUGUGAUUGUAGGACCCCCUUGUAGUCAUUUAUCCUAACAACUAUUAAUUGACUCUAAUUCAUUGAUCAUUUCUCAGAUGUUGUUUCACUGCCCAGCAUCUACUUUCAAUAUGUACUUUAAUUUGUAGCCUCUAGUUUAGAUAAUAUGCUACCAGACACAUGUUGCAUCUAUUUUUAUACUCUUAAAGAAAUUUGGAUUUAGUUAUGAGUGUUAGCUUUUUAACUGGCUCUAAUAAAGGGUUCAAACCAUGCACCAGCAACCAGUGGAUAAUAACAAUAAACUUGUACUGACAGUUUUUUAACCUUUCAAUCCUCUUGGAAGUAUUUUUUGGUAAUUUUUAGUCUUAAAAUUAAUUAGUUAAGAAAUUUUUUAACUCAUCCUUUUUUUGUUUGUUGAUAGGUUGUGCUGCAUUUCCUUUUAAGCAUAUCGUAUGUCAUUUUGUAUAUAGUGGAAUCAAGUUUGUAAGUAUACUCAGGUUAUACUGAUGUAGAAGUGUGGCUUUGUUCCUCUCUUAAAAGAAUCAGUUUUCUAACGUUUGUAACUUUUGCCAAAUUGUUUCUUUUUUUUCUUGCAAAUUAAUUAUGUCUUUGAUGUCAAAUGCUAAUUUUUUUAUUCAUGUGAUCUUCUUUCUUUUCAGUCCUGUUGAACAUUGUUUGGACAUGGCAAAUCAAAGAUUAUGGCUUUUUGACAUUGCUUUCAACCUCUUUUUCUUGUUUUAUUUCUUCCUCCGAGUAAGCAUCAUAUAUGUUUUAGUGUCCCAAACUCAACCUUUUUCAAAAUUCCCUUUUGGCUACCGUAAAUAAAACAUUUGCAAUGAGACACAUGAAAUAUUGGCCACCAGAAUGCUGUAUAGUGUAAAUAGUGUAGAAAACUUAACCACUGCAAUCAAUAUUGGAGUUGCACUCGAUAUAUCUGAGGGCAGCUGGUUUCAUUCCUUGACAGCCAGGCCCCGGUUGUUCGAAGUCGGAUAAUUGCGCUAUCCACCGGAUAACUAUUACGGGAAACAAUUGCGUUAUCUGCUGGAUAGUAAUUUAUCCGGUGGGUUGGGCUAUCCAAUGUUUGAACAACCAGGGCCUGGGUGAAAGAGGCAAAUUAGGAAGAAACAGAGCAUAAAUAAUAAUCAAAGCAAACGUUUAUCUCCAUUUAACUUAGAAAAUACCAUAAACUCUGACUAAUAAAAACACUAUGUUUGGCUUAAUUAGCACAUGAUCACCCCACACAGGUUGGCAAAUAAUUAUAUCAGUGACUUUCACUGCAAUAUUUUACUUGCCAAACAUUUUUCUCCAUGUGGUCGUAACCAAGGUGUUCUCAAGGUUUUUCCUAUUAUAAAAGUGUCUCCAUGCUUACACCUUGGAUUACAAUGUAAUUAUCAAAGAAAGCAGAGAUUACUGGAACAAAUUUGCCUUGUUUCCAGGAAAAUCCAAGUGCAAAUGAUAAAAAAUUAUGAUCAUUUAUGAUCAUGUAAGGAAUGCUGUCGGAAAAGCCUCAUGACAAAUACCUUUAAAUUGAUUGCUAAAUUCUUCUGCCAAAUUGGGUAAAUAUUUGACAUGAAAGAGAAAUUUACAAAUAACUUUUAUGAAGUACCUUAAAUAGUAGUACACUGUAAUCUACACUGUGUAAUUUAAAUCUUCUUUAUUUUUUUAAUUUUAGUUUUUGGCAGCAAAUGAUAAGCUGAUGUUAUGGGUUGAAAUGUUGUCCUUGGUUGACUUCCUUACCAUUCCAGAUGUUUUUCUUUCCAUUGCUUUUCAACAAAACUGGCUGGGUAAGAGAAAUAUCUGUUUGUCAUACUCUACAUAAACCAUUUAUAACCUACAGUUCUAAGGAAUUUGCUGUCUCUAUGUCCAAGGGGAAACAUCAUCAUCAUCAUCAAUCUUUAUUUACACACGAAAUCGUAUCAUUUUACAUGGUCUUCCUAGGAAUGGUGUUUAAAACUAAACUAAAAUACUCUAAGGAACUAUUGACUAUAAUUUUAAAAACAAAAAUUUAUUCCAGGUGAACGGGACUAGAAUACAUGUAGACUAGGGUUGGGGUAGCCUGUAAGAAAUUGAUUUGUACAUCUAGAACAAAAAUAUUGACAAAAAUUGAAUAAAUCAUUUGGCAGCUGAAUGAAACAUUAAUUUCAAGGUUAGUCUUCCUUUACCAUCUGAUUAGUGUUCUGUAGUUUAAUCUACUACAAUAAAUAAAAUAUGUGUAAUGUUAAACUUAUUGCUUGUACUGUACUUUAUGGCAAAUGGAAACAAAACCACAAGAUGGGAGUUGAUGGAGCUAGGGGUUUUGGCAAGCACAGUACUCAUCAAUCAAUACUGCAAGAGAAGUUUUCCUGUUCUUUUUUUACAGGGCUAAGAUUUCUUCGUGCACUGCAAUUCACAAGUCUUGCAGACAUUCUUCAAUAUAUGGGCAUUAUACACUCCAGGUUUGUGAGCUAAGAUUAGGUGAUUUUGCCACAGCUAGUACCAAUAUUGUGCUUCACAAAUUACUUAAAUUUUAGGUGGAAUUAUGUCAGUCGUGGGCAUAUUUCAGUUGCACAUUGUCCUGGAUGACUGACUGAUUUUUCAGCUAGAAAUCUUGGUUAAGCUGGCACUUCAUUAUUCUAUGAUCCUUUCAAUGUGCAUAUUAUUGUACUUAAAAUAAUAAUUAGUUUAAUAGUCUGAUGUGAAAAAAAAUUUUUUCUAGUGGUACCGUCUCACUGACAGUUAUGGUAGGAAGAUUAUGUGCUCUUCUAUUCACAUCUGGUGGAAUACUUCAUCUGGUUAGUCAGUAUAAAUAAAUUGUACUAUCUAAUACAGCGUGCAAAGAAAGUCGUGUCUGAUAGCCCGGGGCUAGUGGAUUUUGCUAUCGGGCUAGUGAUUUUUGUUCCUAACUUUCCCAGUGGGCAAGUGUAAGGACUAUCUUAAUAUUCCAGCUUAUCAAUCGCCUGCCGGUCAAAGAACUUUUCUAUAUAGAGCAAUUUAACUCUACAACUUACUGCCACGUGCGAUCACUGCUGUGGACAGCCUGCAUACUUUCAAAAAGAAAUUUAGAGAAUUCCUUUUUGAAUCAUUUCUUGUCAGCUAGGAGAGCUACCUAUUGAUCUUUUUAUCUAUUAUUAUAAUAUUUUAACGUUUAGUUUUUUUUUUCAAUAUUUCAAACUGACUUUAUGAAUUAUUUAUAUGCUUAUGUACAUUGGGUCUGAAAAACCCUGAUUGGAAGAUUCAAUAAAGUUUUACUUUACUUUGCUUUGCUUUUUGUUUCCUAAUAUAAUGGCAGUUGGAUGUGGUACGGUUGUCUCUAAUGCUCAUUCACAAGAACAAGAGCCUGCAAAUAAGUUCAAAGCAAGUGACCGCAUCUUGAGGCAAACAACAUAAUACCUGAUAAUAAAAAUCAGUUAAUUAACUGAUGUCUACUUAUUCAUAAAACACUCAACUUCUUGAUGAAACUUAGUAAUAAAAGUAGUAAUAGAAGUCUGUUGUAAAAUUAAUGUGCCCUUAUAAUAUUGUUACUUUUGCUCCAUUUUAGGUGGAGAACAGUGGAGAUCCUUUGAGUUUCUCCAAUGGACAAAGUCUGAAUUAUUUUGAUUGUCUUUACACCCUUGUGGUAGGUUUUAAGAGUUGUAAUGUCAAAAUAAUGUUGUCUUAUAUGAAUUCAUCGGCGUGUACAAAACAUUUACAUUGCAAGUAUUAAAAACAAAAAUAACUGUAGUUUCCAAUGAUCCUGUGAAAUUCAAGAGACCCAGCUAUUAAUUACUUAAGUUUAGUAAAAUACAGAGUAAGGUUUUUCUUGCCACCCAAAGUGUUGAAAGUUAGUGACCAGAAGCUACUGGUUGAUGAUAGAGCAUAACCCUGUAAUAGUUAUGACAUAUGUUACUGUAUACUGUUGUUCCCGCAAGCGUAUCUGUUGUGGUUCAAUUUUGUCAUUUCUCUGUCAAACAAGCCGGAGUAAUAAUUAUGAUCAGAAAAUUCCAAUGAAAACUUGUUUCACCGGUACCCACACCUGUACUUCCUUCAAAAUAAUUUCACCAUCCUCAGGGUUGGCAAAAAAAGCCUUCCCCACUGAAAUGAAAUGUAGGAAAUGUCCAGCAAAAGAAAAAGGCAGUGAAGAGGGCAGUAAAACAUACUGGGCUAUUUUGUCCUUUCCACAUGCCUGAAUUUGAGAAGCUGUAAUGUGGUACAUAAUUCAAAACAAACAAUUCAAGUAAAGUAAGUAAAGUAAGUAAAUGUCGCGAUUGAGAGGACAAACAUACAUGUCCUCUUUACAUAGCUUUCUGCAGUGGGCUUGGACAUCAGCAUACUAAGGGCGCCGGUGGCAGCCGCUAUCAGUCCAUUUAUGAGCCCCCUGAACCCUCCCAACCCAUGAUGAGUGAUGAUGUAAGUGAUUGAAGAUAGACCACAACACCGGGAACUACGUCCCCUACUCUUUUCGAAUAGUGUGUGGGUUCUUUAACGUCCCACAGAGUUAUAUGUGAACAAGGUUUGUGAGACGGGACCUCCGGUUUAUCGUCCUUAUCCGAGAAGACUUGAAAGUCUAAUCAUUUGCAGAUGUCAUUACAAAGACAGCACUUUCUCGUCAGUUAUUUUUAAGACCCUGAGUGUUGGUCCGGCCAGGAUUCGAACUCGCGACCUCCCGCUCAGCAGACCAGCGCUCUCCCAACUGAGCUAACCGGGCGGCGGUUAGUUAGUUGUGGGAUAGUGGUCAAAGUGUUUGGGCAUUUUUGCUUCUUUUUGGCCAUAUAGUGGUCAACCAAAAAAUUACCUGACUCAACAUAUGCUGCAAAUAUCCUCUGAGAAUAGGUUAUUGAUUUAUCCAAAACUAGUAUAAUUCAUAAUUAUGAUUCAUAAUUUCAUUAUGUAAUUUAAUCACCAGGUUACCAUGUCCACAGUUGGUUUUGGUGAUAUAUCUGCUGUAACAUAUUUUGGUAGAACAUUUAUGAUGCUUUUUAUCUCAAUUGGCCUGGUAUGUUGUUUUGUAUUCUAAUCUGUUCAUUGGUGAUUUUAGCAUGCCUCUAUUUCCAGUUGUUGACAUGACUUGCUUCCUCUUUGAAACCUUUUUCGCUAGUGGAUGCUUAAUUCACUGCACUUAAUAUUGCAUAGUACCAGUUUUCCUUUGAAAUGUUUUUGAGUUUUGUGGAUGGGAUGACUUCAAAGCUCUUUGGCAGUUAGGUAGUUUGCUUACAAUUUUAAUCGUAACUGUUCAAAGCUUAAUGUAUGACUGAAAGUUUUUUCUCUUAAUUUGUGAUAGUCAAAUAUAAUAUCAUGGACUUAAUCAGCAUUUGAUGAACCAUAGGACUCUUAACUUCUUUAUUUCAGUACUGUUAAAUUCUUCAAUUUAAAUUUGACAGAACUAAAAUAAAAAGUUAAUAUUAACAAAUUUUAUUUUGCAUGACUUAUGUCAAAUUUUUUGUUUAGGGCAUGUUUGCUACAUAUAUACCAGCAAUUUUGGAAUAUUUAUCAAGUCACACAAUUUAUCAUGGAUCAUACAAACUACCAGAUGGAAGAAAGUGAGAACCAUUAAUGUACACUGUAAAUGCUCAUAGAGAUCAAUGCACCUGAUCUGCAGGGGGGCUGCCUUAGACAGGACAUUUUGCCUCUUUCUGCUGUCUUCUCCCUGAAAUGGUGACAAUCUUGGAUGUAGCUUUUCUUGCUCGAUAUACAGUAGAACCCCGGUACCUCAAACUCUCUGAAGGGAAGCGAAAAAUAGUUCUAGUUAGUUGGGCUUGAGUUAUUGGGGUCAAUUGAAUAUUCAAUUUGCCAUGUUUAUAAUUAAUAGUUACUGAUUUUGUUUUUUACCACAUCAGUGUGCAUAGUAUCUACUGCAGUGCAAAUUCAAAUUAUUUAUUUCAUCAGAAAUGGUAACAUGAUUAUGCAUUUUUACUAUAAAACGUGAUCUGUUCGCUGCACUAUAGUGUUUUUACCAAUUAUACAACAAGAACAGCUAAUGGGAUGUCAUCCGCGCGGAGUUGCAAGAGCCAGAAUUCAAGUUAUUGAGGCAAAUUUCAGUGAAAUUUUCAUCCAGGGAAAGGACAUUUAGUUUGAUUUAGCGGGUUGCUCGAGCGGGAUUCUACUGUACUCUGAACCAUGUAGCUUUUGUUGGUGUGCACCCAUACUCUUACUGACUCAACAAUAAGCCUAGUAAGGUUUUGGGUGGAUUAUUUAUAAACAGGAUGGCUUUAAAACUGAAAAAUAAUUAUUUAAAAAUGCUGUGAGGUAUAGUAUUAAUAAGCACUUUGCACAAAAAAAUAUUUAGUAUUAAUUAUUACAUUAAAAGAAUACCCAGUAUCCAAUAGCCUGCGCGCAGACGAUAACUAAACUCUGAUUAGUACCGUCUGCGAAGCAGCGCAGAGAUCCUUGUUCUGGACCCCCAACGAACUCAACGAAUUACCGGAAGUGCAUUUCGAAUUCCCCUUCAACCUGAUUGGCAAUCACGACAAACAAAACAAAGGCCUUUUUUAACUGGCCAAUCGUGGCGCGUACUCAAAUCUGGGUACACAGCUGGAAGUCCAGAACAAGGAUUUCGGCGCUGUUUCGCAGACGGAGUUAACCAGAGUUUAAUUUCGUCUGCGCGCAGGCUAAGUAUCCAAUGACAGAAGGGAUAAUUUAUAUCUGGUGUUUGGCCUGGGAUAGGGGAUUUCAAGGAGAGUCAUUUUUGUUUGCAUCUAGAUGGGCAGGUAUACUUGUGAAAGGCUUAGCUCGUAAAACAGAAUUGUACAGUAAAUGAUAUCAGCAAUCUCCUCUUUGUGUAAUUUAUUCCAGGCAUAUUAUUCUUUGUGGAUAUAUAACAAAGCAGAGUGUGGAAACUUUUCUAAGAGACUUUCUCCAUAAAGAUCGAUCUAAUACUUCAAUCAAUGCAGUCAUCAUGGGAAAGUGAGUAUUACUGUGACAUUGUAUUAAGUGCAAUCUUAAGGUCAUACCCUACAGAAUCUAGGACGUAACCAGGUCACAUCAUAUGCUUGGUGCCUAGCAGUUAAAAUAAGUAAUUGUUUUAAAAAAGUUUCUGUUGUGGCCAAAAAAAGAAAUUAAUUCGCCACCAGAGACUGUUAUAUGACAGCCCAUUUGAAGACUGAAACUUUAAAAUUGUCAGUGCGAUUUACCAACAUAAUUUUGCUAGGGUGCAAAGAUUUGUUAAAGAUAAAAGCUCAUUGUUUUGAGGAAAAGACAGUUACACUUACUAUUUUGUGCAAACACAAACUCACUCUAUACGCAUCUGAAAUUUUAUUUCCCAAAAUAAAAUGAAAAAUAAAAAGUCUUGCAUAUUUGACUGCAGUGGAAAUUAUCAGCCCAUCUGGAUGAAAAAAUGGAUUAGCUAGAACACUGGCAAAAAUUUCUAAAACAGUGAGACCUGUUGGACCACUAGUCCUUAAGUGCCUGGUUAACUGUCUUAUGUAUAGAAAACUCAAGUUCAGCUUCAGUCUGAUGUCAUUUUUCAUCAGAAAUGCACCUGGUAUGCAAGUCACAUUUUUUGUGUUUCCUUUUAGUUUUUUGCCAGAUGCAGAGCUUGAAUCAUUGUUCAAAAAACAUUUUGUUAGUGUAUCAUUUUUCAAGGGAACUGUUUUAAAUGGAGAUGACUGCCAACGAGUAAAGGUGGGUUCUUGGAUUGUUUAAACAAACUUACACCACAAGAAGGCAUAGGAAAGAAGACAGCAAACCCUGUGUGACAAGCGUGACAAUAAUGUUUAUGUCUGAAAAACGUUUCUGCCAAACCAUUGCCUCCCUUUAAACACGUCUUUCUGUAAAAGACCUGAACACAGUGAGAAAAACUGAGGAUCAUAACAAAACAUGCAUGCUCAUAAGUAACAGCCAUGCCAUGUUUGUCUCACACAAAUGAUUUGCCAUCCUCUUCUUCUUGGUGUGCCUUCGUGUUGUCAGGGUGUAAAGAAAGUCAGUUUCACAGCGUGCCAUUCGGGCAAGCUGUAGCUAGCAUGUAUGAAAACAGGUGUGGGCUAUUCAGCAUUAUGCAUUUUGCAACAGCCACACAGCAUACGAUGCAAUAUUAACGUUUGUGUUUAAUUCAAUUUUUAGAUGAACUUGGCGGAUUGCUGUAUUGUCUUGUGCAAUAAAGAGUGUAUUGAUCCAGGUGAAGAGGAUGCAGAGAAUAUCAUGAGGUAUUAAAAUAGUUGUUGCAUCAUAAUCAGGAUUAGCUAAUUAAAGACAAGGCUGUGCAGUCUAAGGAAAGUGCACCCGCAGUGCUCUGCACCUGUGCUGUACAAAAUUAAAUGUAUAUUUAGCAAUCCAUUUUUGCCUGUUCAAAGCAAAUGUAAUGUAUAAAAGUAAUGAGAAAUCAGGCAAGCUUAAAACUAUUGUUUUCUCUGCACAUGUGAAAUCCAGGGUGCCCUACAACUCAAAGUAAGUCAUCAGGGGCAACCAGGAGCCCUGGAAAGACUUCCAAAAACCUCUUUUAAUGCAGCUUAACUGUUAACCCUCUAGUAAGAAGUUGUUGAAAGUGGAACUCGGACUUUAUCAGCUCCAUCUCAUUAUCGUGAGUCCCUGAGUUUCUCACUUAAAGGUCUAAACAAUAAUAGUAUUAAUCCCAGUCUCAAAACCAGCAGUGAUUGUGUUAAGUGACCGUGGCAUAUACUGCAGUCUCUAGUCAGGUCUGGUAUUUAUGCAGUGGAAGAAACAAAUUCUUAAGAAUGUAAAAAGCAUUUAAAAAAGAAGAAGAAGAAUUAGGCAGCCCGUCUCAUGCACUGGAAAUUAAAAUAACCAGCUUAGAUGCGUAAAGUUCUGUUAAAAUUACUCAUUUUAAUGUAUAAAGUACUUCCACACAAAACACCUCUUCUAGUAAGCCUAUUUUUUUUUCCUUAGGGUUGUAGCCAUAAAAAAUUAUUAUCCAGAAAUAAGAAUUAUUAUUCAACUACUUCAGUACAUGAACAAGGUGAGGUGGAAGCUGCCAUCAUUUUUGUUAUUGAUAUUAUUAUCAUUAAUAGUUAUGGAUGCUCCUAAACCAUGAAAACUAAAAGCAAAUUCCCUCAUUUUGGCAGAGGGAAGUAAAAACUGGAAACAUGUCAGCAUUUUUGGGCCACAGUUUAAAAGAGAAACAUACAUCAGAUCAUUUUUCUAGUAAAAAGAAAAUUAGAUGAGAUACUAGUAUAGGGUUAGUGUGAAUUGGAUGAAUACUUUUGAAAGCUUAAAAAGCAAUUCAGUUUUAAUUCUUUUGGUCCACAAGUUGAUGAUUGGAAGCUCUAAAAAUAAUAGUGAAAAUUUUUUUGAGAAAAUGCUUUUGAACACAAGAAAAAGAAACCAUGCUUUAAUUUAACCCCAGGUUAAGCACUAACCGGCCUUUGAACAACUGGGCCCAUGUUAAUAAAUAAUUGGUAUAUAUCACAUGAUUGUGUUGCAGAGACGUGGUGCAUGUUUUGUUGAACACAGUAAAGUAAUGAUUUGUCCUUAAUAAUAUCUUCUCUCUUUUUGUGUGCAGUCUUACCUGUUGAACAUCCCAUCAUGGAAUCCAAAAUGUGGAGAUGAUGUGGUCUGCGUCAGUGAGGUACAAUGGACUUAUAAAAGUCAAAACUUAGGUCUAAUAAUAAUAUUAAUAAUAAUAACAAUAAUUUAUCAUUAUAAUCUUCAUUGAACACAAGUUCUGAAUGGUUUGCUGAAGAAUUAUUUUUAUUAUCAUUAUCAUUAUUUUAAUAAAGUAUUUUGAAAUCAUUAUCACUAAAAAAUUAUUAUUAUUAUUAUUAUUAUUAUUAUUACUAUUAGUUAAUGAAAUACUGGAAGGUAAAAUAUUUUGUAAAUCAAUGUGUUUGAUUAAUCAGUAAUGCUGAAUAUUCUGUUCUUGUUCUCAUAAAAAAGGAACAACAGUAUUAUUAAGGCUCCUUUCCUUUUGCAGCUCAAAUUGGGAUUUAUGGCACAAAGUUGUCUGUCUCCAGGAUUCUCUACACUGUUGGCAAACAUUUUUUCCAUGAGAUCAAGUGAUACAGUAAGUGUUAUAAAGUUAUUACUGUUUUUAAUAAAUUUUACUGAUUAGGAACAUGAUAAAUUUAAAUUUAUAACAAUUUAUUUUAUAUAAUUAAAAUUGGGAUCUUGUUAAAGUGAAAAAACUGACUGAGAUUUUUUCAGUUUCUCUGUAUUAGCACUAUACUUGCAGGGUGUGUGUGAGUCAGCUAAUUGCUGUUACUGGUAAAUUCUUUGAACACUGUUGAUUAAAACAUGCAAAUGAAAAACGUUCCUUCAUAAACUUCAGUUUUGCUUUCCUUUGGUUGCACAGGGGUCACACACACCUUGAAAGUCCUUGAAUUUUAGUCUGAAAAGUGCUUGAAAAUUUAAGCUGGUGCUGGAAAGUCAUUGAAUUUCGGUGCUAUAAGUAUAUGCAACCCAGAUUCUCAAGUGCCUAAAAGGAGCUAAUAUAGAAAGACCUUCAGGAUAAAAUUGGUCAUGUGGAAGAACUAAAAAAGAAAAAGACUCAAGGCUCGUUUUUGCACUAAAUGGAGUCCUUGAAAAAUGGGAAAUGGGUCCUUGAAAGUCCUUGAAAAGUCCCUUAAAGGGAACCUCCACUUCAACAAAAAGAUAACUUUAAAUCACAGAAAAACUGGUCAAAAAAUGGGUCCAUCCGAAAGAAAUAACUUUUAGAUUCGCCUAUUUUUGAAAUUUUGCGGGUCCUUGAAAAGUUACAAAAGCUUUUGUGUCAGAACAAUUUUUUUCAAGUUCAAAAAGGGUAAAAAUAAGGAAAAAUUCUUCCCGAUGUUAAACACAUUUACAUUUUAUUCGAUUUAAAACCAACAAGGUUAAUACCAAAACCAACAAGGCCAAUGGUCGUAUGUUAUAGCCAACAGGUGUCAUGGGUAAUCAAGCAUCCAAUGGUCAGACUCCAAAUCAGGCAUCAAUUGUGCAAAACGGAAAUUCUGUUAGUAUAUUUCCUUGAGAAAAAAUUUAGCGAUCACUCCCAUCACCUUGUCAACACAGAUUAAUUCAAACAAACUUCUUUUUAGCCGAGCAUAUUUAGUCACAGUCCACAUUCUGGUAUCUAGUUCCUUAGAUUGUAAAUUUUCAAGUAAUAAAUAUUAUAUCAAGCACAACACACAGUAGUUGUACUGUUUCAUCCAAUGUCAUUGUCACUAUAAAGAAGGUACUUCACAAAAGUUUUGUUUUCCUGAUAAAGCUUUUAUUAUUAUUCUAUCCUUCAUUACGGCAAGACAUAUUCUUUGCUGCAGCUGCAGUAUCAUUUCACAGAACCGGAAACAAAAUAUGUACUUAUUGACUGAGUGGGAGAGCCGAACAGGAAAAUAUUUGACUCAAAAUCACGGAUGUACGGAUCGAGAGCCAAAUAUUUUCCCGUCCAAUCCUACCUAACUCAGUCAAUAAGAAUUUCAUCAUAUGACUGAACAUUGUUUUUUUUUCUGACGGAGCGAACCGGCAUUGAUCAGUUCGCUUUUCUAGCAGGGCUGCGUUUUUCCAGCCCUAUCGCUAAUGACAUGUACUCCACUCAAAAGGACUUUUUCAUCUGUUUUUCCUAUGAAAUUGCACAUGGGGCCAUACAGGUCAUAUUAUAAUAGACAGCUUUAGAUAGAUAACUUAAUCAAAGUGUCAAACAUGAAUAGCACUAAGUAAGGACACUAUAAACUAAGAAUUUUUAAGAAAAUACCAGUAUAUGUACCUUCUGCAAAUAUAUAUACAUAAUACAGUGCUCUUCAAAAUAAAAUGUCAGUGAUUUUGAAAAUACUUACAUCCCUAAGAGGACUUUUGGUUAUUUUUUCUAUAAAACCUUAUUAUGAUUUCUGUCUGCUUUUAACACAUUAUCUUGUUUUUGGAGUUUUAUCUCACCUUGGUCUAUUCAUUUUCUGUAAAAGCCUCACCGAAUUUGAUCAAAAUGUUUGUAGGCUUGAAAGCAUGUGCAUACAGUACUUUGAUGCAUCUCUGACAGGGUUGUGUGUACUUUUGCAUUAAUAUAAUAUACUUUACAUCCAUUUUAGGAAACCAGAAAAGAUUCAGCCGAUAUCUGGAAGACAUUUUACAUAGAGGGUGCAAACCUUGAAAUGUACACUGAAACUCUGUCCAAUUCAUUUAAGGGAAUGAACUUCCAACAAGUUGCUGAGUAAGACCAACAAUAUUUCUAAUUAUGGCAGAACAAUUAAAAAUUUUAUCUUGGAUUUAAAUAAGCUAAAACUUAAGAAUAAUAACUGUUAUUAGUUUCAAAAAAUGAACGCUUGUUUGAGAUGACUGUCAGGCCAGUUUAAUUUGUUGUGUCUAAGGGUGGAUUUCCACUGUCACGUAAAUUUUUACGUGCAUAUGCUGCACGUAAAAUUUUCAUCGCAAAUAAAAGAGAGGCAAUAUAUAAAAGAUCACGCGUAAAAGCAAAUGUUGAACCUCGCUUAACUUCAUGUUUAAGUGCAACACUUCAUACCUUGUCUCUGUUUAAAAUUACGCGACAGUGUAUUAAUAUUAACUUUAUUAGGGUUAGGGUUAGGGUUAUGUCUUAAAAUAUUGCAUACUAAUAAGGAGGAGGUUUAUCAAUUUGAAGUCACUGCACAUGAUGUAUUAUUGACCAUUUGAUAAGUUAAAGGGCUGAUGAAUUAUUAGUGAGUUAGAAUGAACCCAGUUAGAAAGCACAUGGCAUAUAACAACAGUGUAUUUACUAACAAAACAAUAGUUUUACAAUAUACUGUAUGCCCCACAAAUAGCUAUUAUGCUAAUCUUAAGGCAGGGCAAAACUUUAAACAAAGGUGAUAUUAAAUUACAUAUUGAAAAAAGAGCAGAGAUACCAAAUUACCCCAGGCAAUUGAAGUCAACCCCUGGGAACGAGGUUGAAUUGAAGUAGUUGCACACUGCUUUUUAACUAGCCAAAAGAACAUUCAAGUACUGGGAGCAUUAAUUAUUAGGUGACUUGUCGGCACAGCACUAUUGGAUUACAUAUUAAAUUCAAAUGAAUAUUAUUUCCUUGGUGACAGGAUUUGUUUUGAAAAGCUCGGUCUUCUUCUGAUCGCCAUAGAAACAAUCAAACCUGAUGGGGAGAAAAUGUAAGUAUUAUUAUAACAUAAUUAUUCCCACUAUGUGAGUGUAUUAACAAUCACACUGUAAUGUAGUGCAAAUUGUAUUUAAUAGCAGAUCAAUAGUGAGUCUUCUUUUAUUCUUGCCAGAGACUCAAACUGUUAAGCUACCCUGAGCUUUUCACUAGGAUACUCGUGAAUAAAUCUUUGUUCCAUUUCUUCAAAGCUAUCUCUGAUACCAGUUUCAGGCCAGAAAUUUACCAGUCCUGAAUUUUACAUACCAUUUGCCCAAACCGUGGACCAACCACUUUUCCCAUGUAAAUGGUAAUCAAACAAGUUCGUUAAAUGGUUAGUUUUUAUGAACAUUGGAGAGUUGUUUCUGCUGAGCCUUUAUGAGUAGAUGAUAAUGUUGACUCUCUUGUGAAUAACUGGAUUAUGUGGGAUUCUCCAUUUUUAUGUUUUUAAAUGCAUUUUCUAUUUUCCCCUCAAUGAGCAAAUGAGACAAUCUUAGCUUUGGCAGGUGCAUCAGAGUAAGACUAAAUACUAAUCUAGCUAGGGAAGACUAUGAAGUACAAGAUCAGAUGAUACCAAAUGUCAGCUAUAACCUAUUUCAAAUAUGGCCGGCUGAAGUUUUAAUCUCCAUACUCAACUUAAUAUAACCAACUGAACAACAAUGGUUUGUAUAAAUUGCUUGAUUUUGUAUUUUGUUGUUAAGAUUUACCAUCAAUCCUCGAGACAAGAUCAUUGAACAAAGAACAAGGGGCUACUUUAUUGCAGGAUCUUCUCCUGAAGUCAAAAGGUACAAGAAAUUAGUGGGUCCUUUUAUUAUUAAUGGAAAUUUAUCUUUUUUUUUUUUUGCCAAUGGAACAAUAAAUCUAUGUUUAUCUGUUGAGGUCAUAUUAAUAUUUUGGUCACUUGCACAACCCAAAGGGACCCCUUCCAGGGCGUGGUCUUCUUAUUAUUUGAGGAAAAUUUAUUGGAUCCAAUUUGAGUGGUGCACUACUUAGGGAUCAGACCAUGCAUCAAGCAGUUGCUUAUAGGGGGUUAAAAGCAAUGAAAAUUUUAAAACCAUCACCCAAAGCUGACUGUUAUUUUAGGUCAAGAUUUUCCAACAAUAGUGUUUGGCAGACAAGAUUUUGGUGUUACAGCAGUUAGCUGCACAUAGAAGAAGAGGAUAAAACAGAUGAUGACAUCAUCACAUUAAAUGUCUCUUCAAUUACGUUGAAUUUUAAAGUACUUUUCGUUCUUAAGCCUAGCAAUAGCGAAUGAAUGGCUUACUAAAUUUAAUCCUAUGCAACAAAUUCCAACAGUUCUUUCAGUUACUUUUAUGAUUAUGAAAAAGACAGCUUUAAUUAUUAUUCUUUGAAAUGCUUUUUAUUUCUGUAAGGGCAUACCACUAUUGUGUGACUUGUCACGAAAAUGUUGUAUCACCAGAACUUGUCAAAGAGUGUGAAUGCUUCAAAGGUAUUGAUCUACAAUAGCUUUUAUAUUUUCCUUUUUUUUCUUUUUGUUUUGUUUUUGUUUUGUUUUUCAAGUGUUCAAUAACUAGAACGAAAAUUAGUUCUGCAAGUUUGGGAAAUUUAUUUUUCUUAAGUAACAGACAUUGCUAAAUUUGACUUUGAUUGAGGUUGCUGUGCCAAUAAGAAAUUAGCGUCACUCCUACCAGAAUGACAUCAGUCCCUAAAUGAAACUUGAGAGUUUGUUACUCAGUGAACAAUAGAAGCUUUCCCAGGAUGAAAGAUCUUGCCUUUGGCUUUCAAUUUCCAGUGGUUACAUUAAACAGAAAAUUGGAUAUAUAUUUCAGUUUGUUUUAUGGGACUCUGAUAAGGUCUUGGUUUAGUUUUUCUGCUCAAGUGCUCAAAGAACACAACACAUUGCAUUUGGUUGAUCCCACCCACCCACCAUGCCUGGCUGUUCAUCUGUUCAAUAUCCUCAUACACAUUCUACACAUUGAUCUCCAUUUAUUUCCUUUAAGAAUUGCUUUGGAAGAGUUUGAUAAAAGAUCAAAGCAUCUUUUCUCAUAACCUUUUCUCUUGAAAAUCAAUUACUAAUGCUGGGUGAAAAUUGAUGUUAGUUACUCUUGAGGCUUAAAAGGUUCAAACAGCUGGUCUGCAAUUACACCUUUUACACUGCAGGGCUCGUUUUACACUCCACAGAUUUUAACCUUGAUUCACUAAUGCAUCGUUGAUAUUGAUGUUCUGUAAUGAAGUCGUUACUAUACAUUUAAGGGCAAUAAAUCUUUCUAAUCUUUUUUAUACUGUCUUCUCUUUCCAAGGAAGUCUAACUUUCCGAGGAAUAGGCAAAGCGGUUCUGAUCACUGCAGCUGCCAAUAGUUAGUAUAAAUAUCUUGUUAAACUCUGUAUCAUUUUCUUCAUUCUAUUAUUAUUACCAUCCUGUCUCUUGGCCAAUUAAAGAAGGUGUUUAAUUUACCCCCAUCAAACUUGGCUUUUGGUGGUCUAUGACACUUCACUUCUAAUUGGCUUUUUCCUGUCAUGAACGAUAAUCAACAUAUCAUGUAUUAUUGAUAAUCAACAAACAUUAUUCCUCUGUUAUGGUAUAAUUCUUCAGUGCCUUUAGAACACUCUUAACAUAACACUCUGACGUAACAUUUCUCCAUUGUAACACUAAUUCUCAUUGACUGCUCAAGAUGUCAUCUUUGUAUCCUAUUUUUUACUGCUUCUCUCUCCUAUAUUUUGGUAAAUCACGUUAAAAAUGUAGAGUGUUGGUUUUACAGAAAUGAAAUUGUGUAAAUGGUUUUUCAAUCUGACGUUACGCUUUUCUUUACCAUAAAGUCAAUAUGUAAACUGAACGUUUAUCCUAAAUCUCGAACUUUAAACUAAAUAAGUGCAAAUUAAGUUAAAGCUGUUUAAACUUAUGUGUAUAAAGAGCGAAUGGGGGCUUUAAAAUUAAUGUUGCAAUAUUUUAAGAGUUAUAGUUAUUUCAUGUUAAAUUUACUCCUGUUAGCUUGUCUUGUCCUCUGCAUAUAUAUAGUAUGGUGCAUAAAUGCUUCUUGGUAAUUAUAAUUAAAAACCACUGCUAAGAGUGAACUAGACUGCUCUUCAUUCUCUUCUGAGGCACAAACUUAAUUUAUGUUAAGGCGUCUAAUUUGUAUGCCAUCAUUAUUUAAUUGUGAAUCAGAGCCACCGUAAUGAACACUCGCCGAAGAUCUUGCACUGGAUUGUAUCAUCUUCCUGCACUAUGCUCACCUAAUUGAAAGGCAUUCUGUUCUUGCUCCCUUUUUCUUGCCAUUUACACAUGUAUAAAAACACUUUUGUGGGCAACCUAUCAAUGUUUUGAGUUAUGGCGGCGCGCUUUUGUUUUCUUACUGUUGCUGCAGCUUUGCGGAAUAUCCGAGAAUCGUUACUUUCGUUGAAGGCAUCAUUUGUGAACUCUGUUAGUCAAAAAUCGAGCGGUGAAAGUCAUUAAGAACCUGCGAAAAGAUCCCAAAAAUAUCUAGCUGGAUUUUUGAGAUCUACAGAUUGAAACAAAUUUUGUAGCACCACGCAAAAUUGACCGCUGCCUAAGAGCAGGGUUCCCACAGUCUUGAAAAGUCCUUGAAUUUUAGGGUGAGUCCUUGAAAAGUCCUUAAAUUUCUGUUUUCAGCUAUGUUUUAGUCCUUAAAUUUUGUCUAACAUUGAAAAGUUGUUUGUUUUUUAAAUGCUUUUUGGUUUGUCCAAGACAGAAUAUAAAUCAUAGCCCAGAGAAGUUAUUGGUGAUUUGCAUAACGCGUUUUGUGUUUUAUGCGAGAAUUAACUAUCAAUUUAAGACAAGUGAACUGAAAAAUGUAGAGAAACUGGUGUAGCAAAUAGUUCAAGGCUUAAAGUCUGUAAGCUUGGACUGGGAAUGGGCAUUAUUUUAUGUACAAAUCUGACUUACAUUCCUGGUAGGUUGUCCUUGAAAAUCGAAUGAGGUCCUUGAAAAGUCUUUAACAAAUGGUUGCAAUUUUUUGUAUGAACGCUGAAGAGGUUUCAAUGGAUCAAUCCAACCACAGGAUUUCAGACCCAGGAGGCUAGUAGAGAUACACUUCUUUGCCGGCUUUGCAAAUGUUUUCAUCUUGACUGUGACUCUUCCUUCUCUUAAGCACUGCACUCAGAUGAUCUGAUGAACUUGGCUCCUCACCUCGGCUACAAUUACGAUUCAUCCAUGAAUUCCAUGCAUUUGCGUUUUUCACCAAAAGACAGAUUCAGAAACGGAACUGCACCUAGCUGUGGAGGCAAGUUUCAAAUAACACUGCAUGUAUGUGUGCUGAAAUGACUUCCUUAAGCAAUGGUUUGUUUAUGCUUUUCUCACGGCCUUUCACAUCAACCAUGCACAUCACUGCAAUGGGGAUAAGUAGUUUUUUUUUAUUUGUGCGCAUUAGAUCAUAUAUUUAAAUGCUAUUUUGCGCCUUAUAAAUAAUAAAAUAUUAUUAUUAUUAUUUACAGCUACCAUAUUACAACCAAAUAUUAACUACCUUAUUACUACCUAUACUGCCGUAUUAGUACCAAUUAAAAGAAGGACAGUUUAAAUAUCUCAGUUUGUCAAACAGCAUUUGGACAACGCACGUUUUUUAUGCAGGGCUAUUACCCUUAAAAAAUUCCUUACCACGUGCUAUUACUGUGGCUAACAGCUUGUACAUUCAAGAAGUUUUAGUUUAGUUUAAUUUAAGUUUACGAGACUGAAAGAAUUUCGCUUGAAUCCACAUUUUGUAAGUUAGGAGAUUUAUCUAUUGAUGGCUUUUAAAUAUCUUAUCCAAUAUUUCUUAUUUCUCUAAGUAUUUAUUAUAACAUAACAAAAGUAAAUCGCGCGCUCUGAUUGGUCAGUUAGCCACUACCAUUUGCCCGUGGGUGCACGCUAAGAAACUGAGCUAGCGCGGUAAAAUUUAGGCAAAUUCAACAAAUCUCCUCUCCUGACGGUAAAAUACACCGAUGAAAUGCACAGAUGAAAAGUGGAAGGUGAAGAAAAUACUAAGCUGUCGUUUUGAAGGAAAAAAGACAAAAGAUCAAGCGACAAAUUUGCCCUGGAUGAAUUAAUCACUGUUUUCCUCGCGGCUAGAAUCGGCUGGAGGAAAAUUGAGCGAGCGAAGAUUUAAGGUACAUUUUGUGUGUUUUUUUUAUAGAGGAGAAAGUCUGUUUGAAAUGUCAAUUUAUCAAUUACCAUUGUGUUAUUGACUUUUUGGUCAAACUGAUGCUAAAUUCAAGCAAAUAUUUUAGGAAACACGCUCAAAUUCGAGACAGCUUUGUUGUGAAGUUUUCAUCGCAUCGAUUAACAAUUUUAGUUGAGUUUAAACGGGCACAUAACGCUGGAAUAAGCGAAUUUCAUUUGAGUACAGAAACAUUUGGGUUUUCAAAUAAAUUUUUCAAAAAAUAACUUCUGUGUGUAUUAUUUUGUUCCUCAGUGUUCAUUCAUAACAGUCGUGCAGGGAAUAGUCGAAAAACAACAGCUUUAGCGCCGGCUGUGUGUCGGCGAAUUUCAGUUGACUUUCAUAGCUGGAUUUCCCCAGACAGAUUUCGAUACAAAGCUAGUUAAUUUCUUUUUAAAAAUAGUGUUACCUGUUAUUCUAAAGGAAUUACUGUCAAAUUUUCUCAUUUCUACUUUACGUUUAUUUCAAAAAUUGUCACAUAAAUAAGCUUGAUAAUUAUUUCAUUUAUUUAGUUUUAGCUUAUUUUUUAGUCUUUUUAGUUGGUGUUUAUAGUUGCAGAUAUAGUUUUCCCUCAAAGUUUUUACCCUAAUAUUAAGAGCAAGUAGACAGAUGCCAUUCACAAUAACAACAAAAAACGUUUUGCAAUUUACCUGAAGACGGAGAACGGCUGAUUCAGCGAAAGAAAAACUCAAAGGCAAGUUUUUGAAAAACAUAGAACACUAUGUAGAACAUAAUUUGUUUACGCGCGGGCAGACAUACAUGAACUCCGACCGAUGACUCAACUGAAGGCAAAUGGAAAACAAUGUUUUUCUCUUUUGAUUAUGUUAUAAAAGAAAUGGUUAACGCUGCAGCUGUGCAACCAUGGAGUUAUGGAUGCACUUGGGAGGUUUGCUAAGUACUCAAGAAGCUAGAGUCGCACUCGGCUAUCGCCUCGUGCGACUCUUACGCUUCUUUCGUGCGUAGCAACCUCCCGCGUGCAUCCAUAACUUCAUGGUUGCACGCUGCACGUUUACCAUUUCUUAACUGUAAUGUAAAGUGAGUCUGAAAAAUCCUGAGUGGUAGCAUAUACAGUACCGUGUAGGUGUUUGAUAAGAAUUAUAGCAAAUUUAAGAUGGUUUAUUGCUGGCAUCUGGAAUGGGAAUCGCUUAAGGAAAAAGGAUCAAUAGAUCACUUAAGUUUGUAUGUUUUGUGUUUCGUUUUGUCAUGGGGAAUUUGCCCUUUGUCUCAGUUUUCAUUACCUUGUGCCCAUUUGGUACACAACGUCUCAUACAACGGGGUGAUACAAACCUAACUACUGCUUUAAAUUAGAAGACCAGGUUCUUAAAUUAGACAAGUCAAGUUGCGUUUCAGGUUACUUCUUGAUCUGUUCAUCACUUGCAUCGGUGCCAAGCUUGUCAGUCCAUUUUCACUCCUGCCUGCAGUCCAGCCCAGUCCAUUCCAUUCACCAACAGUUGCAUUUUCGUCCAUGAAGCCGACUAGCUGCUGUCUCAUCUGGAAAUCAAAUUUCACACCAUGUCAUCCACAAUCAUUAAGUGCACAUUAAGAGAGCAGUCAACAAUUGAGCAAGUCUUCUGCUCUAUUUGAUUUUUGUAGACCACUUUCUUGGUGUCCCUGGACGUAAAAAUAGAACAAACGAGGUUCUCUUGGUGGAAGCAGUUUGGAACUCAGAAAAUGCAUCUGUUAGUGAAAACACUGUGCAAAUGGACACGUGUAAGCUGUGGCUUGAUCGUAGUUCUUCUGGUCACUCUGGUUCUCAUUUUUCAAAAUUCUUUUAGCUUCAUUACUGGUUUCAGUCAAACCGGGAAAACCAUGAACACCAGAAUCAUUUCCGGAAUGUUAUAGAGUACCGAAGUGAUGACGCCAUAAAAAUGAAAUUUGUGAAAUUAUGGGAUUUGUUAAGAUAUUCUGAAAGAACAGCGUCCAAGACGCCUACUCGCCAAAAAAUUAGCAAUUCGGGGCAAAUUGUCUCUGAGAUAUUAGCCCAGUUAUGCUGUGACGAUUCCAUACAAAUCCUUCUAAAUUUGGCUUGGUUCAUAAGAUUAGGAACCAGGUAAAAUUUAGAAGGAUUUGUAUGGAGUCAUCGGAGCAUAACUGGGCUACUAGAGACCUUAAGAUACCCCGAAAUCGGUAUACGGGUAACGGGUAGCGCCAUGUUUUUUCCAUUUUGUGGUGACGUCAUCGACCUUACCCGGUAGAACCUUGUAGAACCAGCCGUUUUUCCGGGGUAGACACCAGUUUACCCGUAGAAGAUUUACGAGUAGCUGCAAGUCCCGCCAAGUUUCUUAAAAUCUUUCCAUGAUAUUUCAAUAAGCUUAUGUAUGAAUCAAUUAUUUGUUGCAGCUUGUUGUUAAGAUAUGAAGUGUAGAAUUUGAGGGAGAUUUUGUAUGCAUUAAGCGACAUGCAUGUACGAAGUUAAUUUUGCGUGCUUGUUCUUCGGGUAUCUUAAUCGAAAUAGUCACGCACAUGAACAUUUUACGUGUACGGGUACACUACCCUUACCCGUACACCGAUAUCGGGGUAUCUUAAGGUCUCUAAUAUCUCAGAGACAAUCUGCCCCAAAUUGCUAAUUUUUGGCGAGUAAGCGUCUUGGACGUUGUUCUUUCAGAAUAUCCUAACAAAUCCCAUAAUUUCACAAAUUUCAUUUUCUAUGACGUCACACUUCGGUACUCUAUUGUGUUGCAAGAAAAAAGCCAAUCAGGGGUGAGAAAACUAAACCGCAAGCAAGAACGUUAAUUAGUUUGUGGUUUUGUGGCUUGCUCGCAUGUCCUAAUCUUUGCUGUGAUUGGUCACAACACAAUGAACUCUCUUGGAAUAUUUUAAGUGUUCACGGUUUUCCCGGUAGCACUGUAAUUUCCAAAAAUGACAUAAGUAAUAAACGCACAAAUAAGCUUCAAGAUAGCUUCAUUCCUGCCUAGUCCCUAGGGCUUCAAUAUUGCGCACGGGCUAUGCGUUUCGGGUCACGUGCUCCGAGCGAGGGAGGCCUGGUAAGACACCGUAGAGGGUCUAUGCAAGCUCCAUCAUAGGUUUGUAAAAAUCCGUUUACAUCUGAUUGUAUGGAUUCGCUCAAAAACUGUUUGCUACUCUAAGCAUGGCUACAUCAUAGUUAACUCUAUUUAAGACAACCACUGUUCAGACUGACAGCGGGCACUGUGUCUCCAUCUGGGAGGUGGCCGCAGUAUAGAAAACAGUGUUCCUACAGAGUCUUGAAUCCUUGAAAAAGUCUUGAUGCAGUGCAUUCCUUAAUUUUGCUAGUUAUCGUAAAACCAAUUUUAUCUUUAAUUUAUGAUUUCAAUCAUAAUGUUUGUUUGUUUUCAGUCAAAACAGUGAGUGCCAAAGCAACGUUCCCUUUGCUUCAAAAGAGCUCUGGGGAAUCAAAAGUUGGUACCUACAAGGUUCUGAAUAAACUAAAAGCGUAAGUAUAUUCAGGGAGUCGACAAAAGAAACUGUUUCUUCAGCAAAUCAUUCACUGGUGAAUAUCCUAAGAUAAAGAAAAACUAAUAUGUUGAUUUUAAAAUGUUUCGGUCACUUUAGACUCAAAGAACAGCAGUCGCAAGGGAAUGAAUUGAAACCAUGCUUCGACAUUUCGGGAACAUUUUACUGGUGUGAACCGACACGCUUCGAAGAUCGAUUGCUGGUAUGCUGUUUAUUUCUAACAAUUUGUUUUUCUUUUUUUUUAAACUACGGUAAUAAAGAUAGUAGACUGUUCCGUGGGCCGCAUUCUUGUGUAUCAUGGCACCAAGUGACAAAAUUCCUCACUUCAGAAACUCUGGGAGAAUGGGUACAAGCUUUGACCGCGGUGAUUUCUGGGAUCGUUUGGGUGGAUAAGCGUUGGUUAUGAUUGGUCAGUUGUAUUCAAGGCAACCAUUAACCAAUCAUAAGUAAGGCAAUUUGUGCACGUCAACCCUAAUUAUAACUUCGUUACCAAGGUUCUCUCUUUCUCGUGCCCUGGUCCGAGAGAAGAGUAGUAUGGAACCUUGGGAACGAGGUUGUUCUAUUUACCGCCGAGAAACGGCCGCGAAAGCCUGAGCUGGUAUCAAAGAUGUGUUUGAAGAAAUUGAACACAACUUUGCUUUUGGAAUUUUCCGAACAGGAAAAGGGGCUUUCUCUUCUACGCUUCAUUUGCAAACAAACUCUGUUGUGCCUAGUUACAAUAAAUGAUCGUGUAAUUAAUAAACUAUAAUUUCUUUGUGAAUUACUGAAAAUUGCUUUAUGUAUCUUUAAUAGAACCGAGAAGAAGCGAUGAAAAUCGUGUUCUCUCAUCACAUACUUGUAUGUCUCUUCAAUGACAAGGAUUCGCCUCUUUUGGGAUUAAGACCUUUGGUUAGUAUGAUGUAAUCUUUGGUCAUUUACUGUUAUCAUUUUAUGUAUUUCCAGUGUUUCUCAGGUUUAACAUUUGUCCGCUUAGAUCCAUCUUGACAGAUAUUGCCAAAAUCUGUUGUUGUUUAGUUAUUACGUUUAUGUACAUAUUGGAUUCGUAAACUAACGUUUAUCCUACUCAACAUUUAAUUGCAGGUCAUACCAUUAAGAGCCAGCAACCUGCUACAAUCUGAACUGAAAAAGAUCGUUUUUCUUGGAAAUAAAGACUACAUGGAGAGAGAGGUAAUGCUAGUAUAUUUCGAUUGCGAUUUUUUUUAGUCCUUACGUUUUAAUUUACAUGCAUUCAGUACUAAUGGCCUCUUGACUUUUACAAUGUAAUUUUGCUUAGAUUUUGUGUUUUGCGUCUGUUUUCAGUGGCAUCAGCUGUGUAAUUUUGACGACGUAUAUGUGCUUCCCGUAAGUAUAUUCAGGAGUUCCUGAAUUGAAUUUCUGCAAACACCUCAAAAUGCGUGAAACGUAAAAGCGUGGCACAAUCUUUGCUUUGCAACCGUGGAAACUAAACGAGCCUUAGUCAACACAAGAGUUCAGAACAUUUCUCUGAACGUCAAUUUUCAAUUUUCAGGGAGUUGUUUAUCGUUAUUUUCCUUGCAACGUAAUCGUCAGUGUUUUAAAUAACCCCAUAUAUUUAAAACUUCACUCAGCUGCUCCAGCUUGUUUCCAGACACUAAUUCUCACAGAUAGUCCAAAUCAAACUGUGACAUGUAUAAAAACCCCAACUCGAGCCUCUCACGUACUAGUCUGCUACACAGCCGUUUUUAGUGUCUUCACGCAACGUUCCUCCCCAGGAGCGUUGCGUGACGACACUAAAAACGGCUUUGUAGCAGACUACCCACGCAGUCGUUCUUUUGGUUCCUCACGCAAUCCUCCCCAACUUGGGGAAAUGACACGUGACCCAUGAACGUCAAAAUGGGAGGCUACCCAAACUCGGGAUUACAGAGAAAUUUUGAUCCACUUAGCGACCGAGGACAGGACACCAGCUGGGGUAACUCUAUAGGCUCUUUGCAGCUAGUCAUUCAUGUGGCACAAAACCGCCAUGCGGAGAACGAGGGACGCACUUUAGGACAAGACAAUUAAAGAAACCCAAACAGUUCGGUAACCGGUCAUUUCGCCCCAGUUACUUAGCCCCCUAUUUUCGAGUCAUUUAGCGCGCUUCAAAUGUAAUAUACACACACUACAUACACUAUACUUUAUUUUCAUACACAUCAUUUUGCCAUCUCCGCCCGCAAACAUCAAAAGCUAGAGGAGGCGGGCGAAGAGGAAAGGUUACAGAAGUCAUAAAAGAUAUUAGUAAAAUCAAACUAGUGGUCUAUACUGCUAGGCUAUAUUUUAUAGCCCUCUAGUAGCAAAAAGCGCCGGAUUUUUGGCUGCAAAAAAGGAUUAAAAUUUUGCUUUAAGUUGUUUUGUCUCGAUAUUUUUUACCAACUAGUUUGGAUUGUACGACUAAAACAAUUAUUCCUCUCGCCCUCAUGGCUUCUGAGUCGAUAGCCCAUUCGGACUCAAGGAAUAAUUGUUAAAUAUUGUAAAGUAACUAAAUAAACUAUGUUGAUAAAUAAAUAAAUAUUCCUCGUUCUAUAAGCCAUAAAGCAAAACAAGCACGCUUCAAAUAUAGUAUAUUCCUCGUUCUAGAAUAAAGGGCUAAGUAACCGGGGCGAAAUGACUUGGGGGCGAGCUGACCGGUGAGCGUAAUUUCCAUUGUUUGUUUGUCUGAUCCCAGUGCGUCACGUGCUCUCCAGCAAGGUGGUUUUGUGCCACGUGAGGGACCAGCUGCAAAGAGCCUAUUGCAAGUCCAACGAUCUGACCAAUCACUUGUUUUCUCUGUCUUUUUCUCGUACAUCACAGGGUUCUCCCUUUUGUCGGGCUGAUCUACGAGCUGUUAAUGCUAAUCUAGCAGACAUGGUAGUUUUCCUGUCACCUUCAACGGCUAGUAAAGCUGAUGAUCCAAAGCUCGCUGACAAGGAAUCGGUUUUGGCCUCGCUGAAUCUCAAGGCGAUGUCAUUUGAUGAUGCAGUUGGAAUGUUGAGUGAAAGUACAAGGAAUGCUUUUGCCGGGCUUGACUUUGGUGUGACACCACAAGUGGAGAGAAGAGGAUCUGCCUAUGGCUGCAAUAUUCCUAUCAUAACAGAAGUGGGUGAGUGAUUUUUCGUACAGAUCGACAAUAUCAAAAAUUAUCAGGUGAAACGCAUUGAAACGCGGCUGCGAGCUAAUGCAGGACAGUAUGUAUAUUACCUUUUGUUUGCCAGCCAACGGUCCAGAGGUAGCUAAGCAAAAGGUUUACUUGCUGAUCUGAAAACUGGUUUAGGUUGAGUGUGGGAUCACUUGUUUGGUUAGUUAUCCUUUGUGACUUUCCACCGUUGGAUAUUACUGAUAUGAUGAGUAACAAAUUGUUGAAAUGCUUGAAAAUUUCCACUUCUUUCCGGUAGAAUCAUGAACCCGACUUUCAACAUCUUGCCCGUAGGGUCUUGAACUUUUAACAUUCUGCUAGCAAGAAGUUAAGGAGGAGGUCAAUUUAUUGAGUUCAUCUCAACUCGUUAAAUGAAUGAAGAUGACAUGAACUCGGGGCCCAGUUGUUCGAAGGCCGGUUAGCGCUUAACCCGGGGUUAAAUUUAACCCGUGUUUGUUUUUCUUGUGUUCAAAAGCAUUUUCUCGGAUAAUUUUCUCUGCAAUUUUUAGAGCUUCCAAUCAUCAACUUGCAGACAAAAAGAAUUAAAACUGAAAUGCUUUUUAAGCUUUCAAAUCUGAACUCAAAUCUCGCACUAACCCUGGGUUAUCUUAACUCAGCUUUGAACAACUCUGCCCGGGAGAUUUGACCGUCACAGUUGUAACUGCAAUUCAGUAAGCAAUUGCAAAUUAAGCCCGAACAAAAGAUAAGAUGUUAACGCUGCUGACUCAUCUCCUGUCUUUCUCUCAUGCAGCGUUUGAUCAAAAUGUGCAGUAUUUGGAUGUCGAUGACGAAGAUGAUGAAGAUCAAGAUUUGUACAUGACUCAGCCAUUUGCCUGUGGCACAGCCUUUACAGUUUCCAUGUUGGAUUCGCUUAUGAGCGCGGUUAGUUCAUUUAUGUACUGCUUUCUGGCUGCGUUGGAUGCGGUAUGCCUGCCUCAGUUCGGCAAUCCGGGGUCUUAGGGUCGCUCCGCCAGUUUGAUAGGCUCGAUCUCGGGGGAGGAGCGCGGGCUCAUUUCCCGAAAUGCGGCUGGUAAUCGAGCCCAUCUGUUUGACCGUAGGUAACAAAAUUGUAAUUGGUGCAGCUGAAAUUUGAUUACUGCACCAGAUUUUGGGCGAUCGACGUCAUUCUAGGCCUGUGGGUGCGGAAACACAUUUUUCACAGUUUGUAACGGUUUGUAGGUGACUUAGAUCUAUUAAAAUUCUGUAAGUCACUAUUUUGCUUUAUUAUUACAGACGUACUUCAACCCGGACAUUUUGACAUUAGUUCGUCAUCUGGUAACUGGUGGAGUAAGUCAGUUCCUGGAAGAACACAUUGCUGAAGGGGAUGAACUGAAAGGAGGACUGGAUGCGGAACAGACUGCAGACACAAGAAGUCGUUGUAAAAUUAUACAAAUGUCUUUGUUUGAUGGACCUCUCUCUCAGUACGGGGUAAGCUCCUUUUUUAAAAAUCCGUAGCGGGGAUUAUCGCAUACAGCUGGUCCAAAACCCAAUACGAUUCUAAGUAGUGUACCAACUAGUACACAACUGUAGGUAAAGAGGGCAAAAUGUGAGAAAAUUUUCUUCAUCGAGUUUUUGAGGCAAGGGUCGGGUUCCCCUUUUGGUUAUCGUCGGUAAAGGUGAGCAGCCUUUUCUACUUGUUCGCCAUUCGUCAUUCAGAUAGAAACUCAAAUCCAAAGUUGACAAACUUUAAUGUUAUGUUUUGUUUGUUAAUUUAUUGGUUUAUGCGCUUUCGUCAACUUUUAUUACAGUUACUUUAUCGCAUUUGCCCAAGUAGAUGAGCGAAUAAACAGAUAAACAAAUAGAGGAAGAUAAAGAUGUGCAAUAUGAAAAAAAAAAACUUAUACGCUACUAGCGCUACCCAAGGAUUGACGCGCACGCGGUGGAGCGUGUUUAUACCUGAUAGCGGACGAGAGAACACACCCCUCUCUCUCCGGUUUCCUUCUCGUUUCGUUAGCUCUCUCUCGUCUGACUAACCAACAAAGGACUGUUCUCAGAUUACAAAUUCUUUUUUUUUUUGGAAUGUCUUUUUUAGGAUGGUGGCAAGUAUGGGGAUAUGUUUUUGCACGCAUUGCGGACCUCAUCUAAGAUCUGCCUGGGUUUGUACAGAUUCCGAGACAGUCACAAGGUGCAAUUAGGAAUCCCUUCAUCUAAGCGAUAUGUCAUCUGCUCUCCACCUUAUCACUUUAUACUCCAACAAACAGAUCUCGUUUUCGUACUUGCACAUUCAGAUCCAGAACUGGAUAAAUACAAAGUGUAAAGACACACAGAGUAAUCCAAAAGAAAAUACGCUAAUCCGCCUUUGUUGAUCCAUUCGUCACGAGAACAAUACUGAGCCGAGUUAACUUUUGCAAAGUCUUCUGGGACUGUCUCUAGGGACAAGGGCAAAAAUGAUUGGUGCGUCCCCACUAACCAUCCCAGAAACAAUUGCGAGGCGCAUUUCGGGUCCAGUUCCCUUCUGGUUGCUAGCCUGCGAGCGAGCUCUCCUAUUUGGGCAAGCGAAGCGAGCCUCGCGAGAACGCGCGUUCUUGCGAGACUCGUUUCACUCGUCCAAAUAGGAGAGCUUGCUCGCAGGCUAUCUGGUUGCUCAAGUGGCGAAUUGUGAGACAAAUAUAUUUUGAUAGCAGCCUUAUUUUAGAAUAUUUACAGUGUUAGUGGGUAGUUAGGAGUGACAACACACAUUAUAUUUCAAAUUACAGCCCGGGUGAUUGGCGCUAGUACUGAAAAAUUAAAACGGUGGGAGAGAAAAAAAUCCCGCGCGCGUGAGAGCACAAGGGGCUGUAUAGAUAGUGUUAAACCCAGGGUUAACCUGGUCAAAUUUCUUUUGCGAAAGCAGUUUUUAAUAACACAUUUCAUUGAAAACCUUUUGUACAAGAUUUUGGUGUUUUAUAGUAUAGUACCAUUUGAACAGGAAUUUUAUACACGUGUUUACGUUGUUGUUUACACUUAGUGAUAAAAUUAUUUAAGUAUUUUCAUUUGUCAUUUGUCUAAAAUUUCCGUAAACGGAUGACAAACAUUCAAAUCUCACCAUGAAAUGGUCCAGUUCGUAAACAAUUGUCGUAGUCCUUAUUCUUUAACUUUGAGUUUGAGUUGAGUGAAUAUUGUUAUUUUGGGGGGCGCGGGGGGAUGUUCAACCUCUACCCCAGGGCUUUUUCGCUUUGACUUUGGGCGCUUCCCAGAUUCUACCGGAAAAGCUUCUUAGGGACGAGUGCAGGCAAUUCCAACAAAACACAAUAAUGUAGAAACGUACUGAUCGACCUCUGUGAUUCAAAAGUUAUUUUAGGCUAGUGCAAUUUAGUUACCAAAAAGGACAUAACUGUUGCGUAGCUCGUUUUCGGGCUGGAGACUCGUAACGUCGUCGCCAGGUCCUCUCCGCGUUCAAAGUGUCCGUGGAAACCUAUUUACAACGCAACCGAGAUACGGCAAGCCUUGGAAUAUUCUGUCGAGAAACCAUGACGAAAAAUGGUCUUACUUCAGUAUCUUGCGCCUAUUUGUGUUUCAUUCCUUGUGUAGCAAGGACAUUAUUUGAUAAUCUUUAACUGACGUGCUGAUUUACUAUUUACCACAAUACGCACCGCCAUUUCAAACUCGGACAAGAGCCUGGAGGCGAGUAUUCAGGGCUGUCAAUAAACUGCAGUUGGAUCUACUGUUCUAAAGCUUUGAAAAGAAAAACAGUGUGUCAUUUGCUUUUUUUACGCAAACGUUUUUUACGCCGUCGUUGUUUCUAUUUAGUCUUUGUCGUUUAGGUACAGUGGGCUGAAAACCUAAAUAUGGCAUUUUUAUUGUUGUUACUUUUUCAUCUUCUCUUUAUUUAAGUGACUAGUAGCUAUUGUUAUAAUAUUUUCUUAGCAGAGAAACUUUCCCCGCAAAUGGGAAUCCGGAAAUAGUAUUACUUCAUCCAAUUUCUGCAACUUAGCAAUAUCAGCUACACAAAUUUGCUUGUUUUUAGCUACGUUAAAAGUAUGGUUGUUUCCUGACGAGUUUCUGAAUUGUUUGCUUUCGAGUGUUCAGCCUGGAGACUAGGGUUAUCUUUGCCUUGUCCCUUACGACUUCUUCCCAGGCCUUCUCUGUCGAAGUAUUUUAGUGACGUAACCGAGACGAACGGCGGACAAACUCACUCGGACCACGUGGCCCGGAACGUAUAGGCCGCGUGUAAUAAUGGGGUCUAGAGACCAGGCAAGGGUGAUCUUACCUAAGCUGGACCAAAAUGAAAUAUAAUUUAAUAUAAUAUAUUUAAGAGGAAAAGUACAACUGGUUUGUACAGAAACUGGUCAGAGGAAUUACGAUAGUAUUUAAAAAAGAGUUUAACUUAUUUAAUAUUCAUCAAAUGUUGCAUUCUUUGAUGGGUUUCACACUUUAAAUAAAAACUAACGACAUUC